AUGGACUACAACGUGGGGAUGUAUGAGCCGCUAUACUGGUCCUUUGAUGCAUAUCCUAGUGUGGUUCCUCGUGUGAGGGUUCGAGGCGUAAUGGCUCUCUUCCUUGCGGGCACCAUCCUGUGGGCCUUGGUUUGGCUCUUGUACCGGGCCUGGCAGGUAUGUCAGACUCCAAACGAUAUUCUUGUCGACAAGCUCGGUCUGGAUAUACCUCCCUCACCCGAGGUUACCCUGGAGGAAAUCUCGGCGCGAGAAAUACACAUCGCUUGGAAACAUCCCGACUUUCACCAUUCAGUCAGUAAACAUAUAAUCCAGGUCAAUAGUGCAAAAGUGGGCGAGACCAAACGAGCGGAAACUGCGGUCACGAUAGGAAAUCUGAUUCCCGGUCAUAUCUAUCACAUCUGUGUUUUCGCCGUCAGCGCGGCCAAUUUUCAAACUGCUAGCGCCGUCCUUCAUGUUCGUACGAAGCCACUGCCUUUAUCGCAAACUCAGCAGGAUGGAAACGUUGAGGGCCCUACGAUCCAGGCGUCGGUUCCUCGCUCAACGGUUACGCUUUCGGCUCCAUCAGCUCCGGUGAUGGCGAGAGAGCAUAGCUCAGGUUUUUCUCAGAGCAAACGUGCUGGUGGAGCAAAGAAAGGAUCAUCAGCCACGGCCUUAGUUGAUCUUCAGACGGACGAUUCGCAUCGUGCCUCCACCAGCGAUGACCACAGCGGAACUUUGGAACGUCUUGCCGAGCGUCUUAAGAGUCUGCAACAGGAACAUGAGAAUAUGGACAAACUAAUUGCUGAGGAAGACGAGGAACAUAAUGGAAUUUUGAAGGAAUUAGAGAAACAACGCGAUGAGUUAAAGCAACGUGUGAAAGAGAAGGAUGAGGCUAGCGGCGACCUGAAAAAGCAUGUCAACAAGUUGGAGAGCGUCAAUCGUACCGUUCAAAGCGAAAAGUCUAAGCGUGAGAGGUUACUUCAACAGAAGGAGGCAGAGCGGAAGAAACGAAAAGACGAUAUUGUUCGAUGGCAGGAGCAAAUUGCGCAGAUCAACAAGGAUUUAGCACGAGCGAAGGAGGAGAAAGAAAAGAUUGAACAGGAUGCUGCUAAACAGGCCAACGAAGUACGAGAGAAAAUUGCUUCUGAGCAAACCAUCAUGAAAGAUAUCGAUGACGAAAUUCAAGAGAAGGGCGGUCGCAUCAAGAAGUUGGAAGAUGAGAGACAGAGACUUGAAGGGGGUGACAACGAGGAUGGCAAGGAACUCGACCGUAUUGACAUUGAAAAAGCUCGGCAGUGGGAAAACCGCCUCAACCAUCUUCAUACCAGAUACGCUACACUCGUCAACCUUCACGUACAAGCCCAGCAGCAAUACCAGGAAGCACAGGAACGGCUGAAGUGGUUGACUGAACAAAGAGUCAAUGGAACAGGACCCUUUGCAGCCUUGCAAACUCUGGAUCUCGACAUGUCUCAGUCUUCUGCUAUGCGCCGGUCUCGACAUCGUAGUUCAUUGACGAGCAAUGUAUCUUCACCUAUCGCAUUUCCACAAGUGGAAACCGCAUUCUCCCGGAGCACGACCUAUAACCCAUCGAGCAACUCUCCGACAUUUCCUCCCACUACUGCAUUCUUCAAUAUCAACAAUGGGAUGACGUUGGCCGGUCUUGCAGACAGGGGCGAAGCUCUUCCCACGGAAUCUGACACAUCUCUACCGCCCAUGAGUCCCCGUGCUGAUGCCCUAUUGCCGUCGGAUCUACUUGGCGAUGAAGAAUCCUCUGGGCUCCCUGAAUCAAUGGUUGAACAAAACGUGCCCGGUGGUGAAGCAACGGCGGGUCCCUCUCUCGAUCAGCAACCUCGGUCGCCUUCCCCGGUCCCGUCAGAGUCCAUGUCUUCUAGGUUCUUUGCAAGCCCGCAUGAGAGCUUGAGAGAUGUCGAUCUAGCCAUCCCGACUAGUGAAAGGAUGUCGCCGGGUGAUUCGCCUAAUGUACAAACUGCAUCUCGCCGACUUUCUGGACUAUUCAACUUUCAUAGGCAACGUGGAAAGACCAUGGUCGAUGGGCCUCCACUGCUUGGAAGUCUAAAACCUGGACAGAGUCGGUCUUUCCCACGAAACUACGAUGAUAUCGACCCUAUCACGGCACGUCGUCGGCGUCUUACUCAUGCUACGAAUUGGGCAAAUCCAAUGUCUUACUUUCCUCGUAGCAGUGCAGCUCAUGUGACGGCAGACAGCUCCUCGGACCAUACUCCAUCCAAGAGAAGUACAUUUGCAAAUAUAUUCUCAGCAGGGAAAAACAGCUCCACCGAUGUGAUCAAGAUGGAUCAAGGAUAUAAUCAAUUCAGCCCUAGGCACGAUCCUAUUGAUCCUUCGUCCAUCCUUGGCCCUAUUCGACGAAGCUCUUUGUCACCCCGACCGUCAUCUACAUUCUCUUUUGACAAACAACUCCCACAUCCUUCGACUGAGCCUUUUGGUUGGCCGUCGAGCGAUGCGAACAAGAGGGGUUCUUUAGCGACUUUCGACUGGGCAUCUCCCUCGACGUGGUCGCGCGCUCCGUCUCGUCGGCCAUCGAUUCAGUAUGGUUCCUCUAGUCAUCUUCCUCUUGGGAUGUCUCCUGGGGAACCAGACUUUUUGCAAGCGCCACAUGAUAAACAUCGACCGCUUCAAGCCCCUAUUGGCACUAGACCGUCGUCUUCUCAUCGACCUGGGACUCCAAAGCUGAACCCCGCAGCGCCGACUUUCAAGACUUUGUUCAAGAAGUCAGACAAAGAUAAAGAACGAUCUGUUUAUAGGGAAUUUGCGUCACGAUCAGAGGAAUUCGACUUUCGCCCGGAAGACCAGUCGCCUCCGACCUCCAGCCGCUCUAAGGACUCGCGCCCCCUUUCUGGGGGUGCAGAAUCUCUUGAGUCACUUGACCUUGUCCCGUCUAGCAGUCCCUCCGAUACCUUUGGUACUAAGGAGUCUUUCAUCCAGAAGAUAACCCGCAAAGGCAGCUCCAGCAAGUUCAACCUUUCCUGGAAGGACCGCGGAGGCAUAUUCUCUAAGAAAUAUGAAUCCUCCCAGGGAGAUGCUGACGAGGAGGAUGAAGCUCAGUUGGGAAAGAGUAUGGAGAGCGUCAUUUCUAAUACACCGUCUGCAGACAAAUCCAGUAUUCGGAGCAGUAGAAACUUUUUCAGCAGGAAAUCCAAGAAGGACAAGCAGUCUAUAGAGGCUAGUGAAAAAGCAAGUGAGAACGGUGAUGAAGAGAUAGUUGAGGAGUAA